AUGGUUGUGACAGAGACAUUAGAAAAGCACCAAGAGAGUCUCAAGAAGCAAAGGGAAGCAGUGAAAUACAGACUGAAAAAACUGGCAGCACGGCAAUCAGAAAUCACAAAAAAGUCCUUAAUGAUAAGGGAGCGCAUCAUACGGAAAUAUCAAGAGAUCCAGGCCAUCCUGGACGAGGACAUGAGGAUUACACUGUCGCACCUGGAGAUGGAGGAGCGAGCUGCUGUCUCUGCCCUGGAUGGGCUGAUGGAAAGGAACUGUGCUCUAAUCCAGGAGAUAGAGCAGGACCUGGCCAGACUCUCUGUGGCACUGGACCAGACCGACAUAGAACCUGACACAUCCCCCAGAGUGGUGGAUCUUCUAAACAGGACAGACCCGAUCCGUGUGAGCCUGGACGAAGUUAAAGCUGACCAGAUUCUCAGCCUCACCAACAACAUGCUUCUGCUUAUCUGCUCACAAACCCCUAUAAUCAAGACACUCAUCAAGAGUUAUUCCAGUGAGGUGUGUCUGGAUCCAGAGACGGCUCACCCAAAGCUGAUCAUCUCCCCCAAAGGUGACAGUGCGACCUACACAGACACCUGGCAGCAACUUCCUGACCUCCCUGGACGCUUUGACACCACCCUUAAUGUCAUCAGCUUGCAAGGCUUCAGCUUUGGUCGCCAUUAUUGGGAGGUCGAUGUAACUGGCAAGACUUAUUGGGAGCUGGGUGUCACCUAUCCCACCAUUCCCCGCAAGGGCACCACUGAGGCGUGCUGGCUGGGCCGAGGGGACGAGUCUUGGUGUGUGGAGUUCUUUGAUGGGGAGUAUACAGCAUGGCAUGGAGGGGUGCCUCAUCAGUUGCCUUUCACUAAACGCUUCUGUCGGAUUGGUGUUUUGUGUAAUUUUCCUGCAGGACUGGUGACAUUUCUUGAGGCAGACAACAUGACGCCGCUGUUCUCCUUCUGUGCAGGAACCUUCUCAGACUGCCUCCACCUAGCACUAUGUCCUGGCCAUGACCAUAAUGGCACCAAUUCUAAGCCUAUUGUAAUUUGUAAUGCUCCAUCUCCUACCAGCGAUCUUGGAUUAGUAGCUUCACAGAAAAGCUUUUAG